AUGACUAGAUGGUCUUUAAUAUUAAAAGCAUACGAGUAUACUAUUGAGUACAAGCCUGGGAAAUCCCAUGGUAAUGCUGAUUCGUUAAGUAGAGUACCCAUUUUUAACAUAAGGUGUAAUUAUGAGGAACACAUGUGUUUGAUGUUGGACGAGUUAGACUCGUCACCAUUUACUUCUGAUGAUGUAAAGUUUUGGACAAGUCGUGAUCCUUUGUUAGCUCAUGUCCGUGAAUUUGUAUUACGUGGUUGGCCAGAAAAACCUCCAGAUGAGAGCUACAGGCCAUUUUUCAGAAUUCGUAAUGAGCUUACUGUAGUUGAUGGAUGUAUUGUUUGGGGUACACGUGUGGUAAUUCCACCGCAAGGUAGAACAGAACGUCUCAGGGAGCUACAUGUAGCACAUCCUGGAAUGAACCGUAUGAAAGGUUUAGCCCGUAGUUAUGUUUGGUGGCCAUCCAUGGAUGCGGAAAUUGAAAAUAAAGUUAGAUGUUGUGAUGUUUGUCAACAAAAUCAGAAAUCUCCAGCAAAAGCUCCAUUACAUUCUUGGGAAGUUCCUAAUAAACCUUGGACUCGUGUUCAUAUUGAUUAUGCUGAGUAUGAAAAAUAUAAUCUUUUAAUAAUAGUUGAUGCGUAUUCUAAGUGGAUCGAGGCUCACAGAAUGACCUCCAUCACUUCAGCUGCCACAAUUUUGAAAUUGAAACAAGUGUUUGCUACUUUAGGCAUUCCUGAAAUUUUAGCAUCAGAUAAUGGGAGUAAUUUUACUAGUGAUGAAUUUUCACAUUUUCUUAAUGUAAAUGGUAUUACACAAAUUUUAGUAGCACUAUACCAUCCUUCAUCCAAUGGUUUGGCUGAAAGAGCCGUUGAAAUUGUUAAAAACGGUCUUAAUAGAGUUAAAGACGGUACUAUUGAUGAGAGAUUAGCUAAGAUUUUAUUUCGCUAUAGAAUCAUUCCACAAUCGAGAACCCAAGUUUCAUCCGCUGAACUUUUAAUGAAACGUAAGCUUAGGUCUCGUCUUGCAAUUGAUUCUGUACACCCACAGUUUAAUAAAACAAUUGUUGAAUCUCAAAGGAAAAUGAAAGUUUUCCAUGAUCAAAAUGUUAAAGAGAGACAAUUUUCUAUUGGUGAUACAGUUUGGACUCGAAGUUAUAGUUAUGGUAGUCUUUGGGUUAAAGGGAAAAAUAGAAUCUAA